AUGUCUGCUUCAUCUUUAACACUCGGUUGCUUCAACCCAGAUGUGAAAUCUGGCAUGCAUCGACAUGUUGCAGAUUUUCACCCUAGCAUUUGGAGGGAUUAUUUCCUUCAAUAUGCAUCAGAAUCUACGGAACAUGAUCAUAACAUUGGGAUGCAACUUGAAGCACUUAAAAGAGACGUGAGCAAGAUGCUUGUUUCAACAAAGACGGAGAAGCCCAUAGCAAAAGUUGAGUUGAUAGAUUCAAUCUGUCGUUUGGGUGUGAACUAUCACUUUGAGGAUGAGAUUGAAGAGGUUUUGCAGCAUAUUCACAAGAACUAUGUUGAAAAAGGAGAAAUAACUCUUGAAGCCAACCUUUGCUCUCUUGCUGUGCUGUUUAGGUUAUUGAGGCAACAUGGUCUCCACGUUUCUCCUCUUGUGUUCAACAAGUUCAAGGAUGAGCAAGGAAACUUUAGUGAGAGCCUUAUUACUGAUGUUGAAGGAAUGCUAAGCUUGUAUGAAGCCUCACAUGUGAUGGUUCAUGGAGAGGACAUUUUAGAAGAAGCUUUUGCUUUCACUUCCACUCACCUUGCGUCCAUUGUCACCACGUUGAACCCUUCUCUUGCAGCACAAGUCAACCAUAGUUUAAGGCAAGCUAUCCACAAGAACUUACCCAGGCUAGAGGCUCGACGAUACAUUUCUAUCUAUGAGCAAGAUCCUUCACAUAAUGAAACUUUACUGACUUUAGCAAAAUUAGAUUUCAAUAUAUUGCAAAAUCUACAUCAAAAAGAGUUUGGCUACAUAUGCAAGUGGUGGAAUGAGUUGGAUGUCCCUGGUAAACUACCAUUUGCUCGAGACAGAAUUGUGGAAUGUUGCUUUUGGAUCUUGGCUAUAUAUUUUGAGCCUGAAUAUUCCCAAGCAAGAAAAAUAAUUAUGAAAGUAAUUGCCGUGUUAUCAAUUAUUGAUGAUACUUAUGAUGCAUAUGGAACCGUUGACGAAUUAGAACUUUUGACUGAGGCAAUUGAAAGGUGGGAUAUUAAUUUCUCGGCUGAUCUCCCAGAAUACAUGAAAUUAACUUACAAGUCACUCUUAAAGGUUUAUGAAGACAUAGAGCAAGAAAUGAUGGAGGAGAGAAGAGCAUAUUGUGUUAACUACGGCAUAAAAGAAUUCAAAAAUGUGGUCCAAGCCUACAUGACUGAGGCCAGAUGGCUCAACAACAACUAUAUUCCAACAACAGAGGAAUACAUGCAGAUAUCAACAAUAUCAUGUUGUUACAAAUUGCUGACGACAACAAGUUACAUUGGCAUGGGAGAAACAGCCACAGAGGACAUCUUUAAAUGGGUAACAAAUGGGCCAAAAAUUGUUAAUGCUUCUUCCGUUGUUUGCAGGUUAAUGGAUGACAUUGUGUCCAACGAGUUUGAACAGAAAAGAGGACACGUUUCCUCAUUCUUGGAAUGCUAUAUGAAGCAAUGUGGUGUGUCUAGGGAAGUUGCCAUCAAUGAAUGCCAAAAGAAAAUAGCAAAUGCUUGGAAGGAUAUUAAUGAGGAAUUUCUUAGGCCAACCACAGUUCCAAUGCCUUUUCUAACGCGUGUUCUCAAUUUGUCACGCUUCAUGGAUGUGAUCUACAAAGAUAAAGAUAACUACACACAUGCUGAAGGAGUAAUGAAGACAUAUAUUAAAGAUUUGCUUGUUGAUCCCCUGCCAAUAUGA